AUGUCUUUCGAAGUUCAUUGGGAGGAUCUACAAAACGAUGCUACUUUAAAUGCUCAAAUACGAGAUAAAUUAAAUAGUUUCUUCGGAUCUUUAGAACUUCCAUCAUACUUAAACCACAUAAGGAUUACAGAUUUUCAAAUAGGUUCUCAUGCCCCAGAGAUAAUACUUCAUGAUAUCUCGGAACCGAUUAGUGGUAUUAACCCGGAUCCAUCUGGCCCCGAUGAAAACGAUCUUCAGCUGUUAUUCGAAGUGAAGUACGAUGAUGAUUUACAAUUAGAAUUAAACACAUCACUGGUACUAAAUUAUCCCUCGAAGGAGUUCAUGGCAUUACCUAUUAAUAUCAAAGUGAGAUUUUUGUCUUUACAUGUAUUAUGUCUCAUUGGAAUAUUUAAUAAAGGUAAGAGAAUAGUAUUUAGUGUACUAUGUGAUAUCGAGGAUCAGGAAGAUAGUAUACGUAGACAAAGUAUUGGGGACCUACUGAAGGAUAAAGUGGGAUCGCCUCUUGAAAGAUUGGCUAUAAUCAAAGACCUCAGUAUUGAAACCGAGAUAGGGUCCGAUGCAGCUCCUAAUUUAUCUAAUGACCUCCAAAUAAAUGACGAUGAUACGCUAUCUGAGUUAAGCUUUAGUUCAAAUCCAAAUGGGGCUACGUUAAGAAACGUUGACAAAUUAGAACAGUUCCUAGUUGAGAAAUUAAAAAAUUUCUUAAGACAAGAGGUAGGAUGGCCAAGUUGGCUAACCUUUGAACUUGAUAGUGAAUCUUCAGACGAAUCCGAGGAUAACGAUUCAGGUGAUGAAUGA